CUUUCUCUCCUCUGGGUCUGCUGGGUCUGCCCUGGUCGUGCUAAGAAACAUUAGGGUUCCCAUGGAUGGAAAGCUGCAAUUGGUUUUGCUUCUGCUUUUCUGCGGUUCGUGUGUUUCAGAUAAGGUUCACACUGAUUCAGUGGAUUCUGGAACUGAAGCAAGUAAAGAACCAUGCCCCAAGGGUUGGAUUCUUGGCCCUGGUAAGCGGAAAUGCUUCGCUUAUAUUAGAAACCCCAAAUCGUGGAAUGAGUCAGAGACCCAUUGUGAAAAUUCUAGUGGACAAUUAGCAGCACCAGCUACAUCUCAAGAACUGACCUUUGCUCAGAACCUAUGUGUUGAAACCAUCACUGGCUGUUGGAUUGGAGGCAGAGGUGUCAAUACCACCACUGGUCUUGGUUGGAGUUGGUCUGAUAACAGUUCAUACUGGAACAUGUCUCUCUUUCCUGGAAAACCCCUUCAAUCCGUAUGCAGUAAUUUGUCUUGUCACAGCAAUACUUCUGUCGAUGUUUGUGUUUUGGUGGCUAAUGGAUCUAAAUCACUCUUGGUUGAGACUUGCCACACGUCUCAUGCAUUUAUAUGCAUGGCUGAUUUAGGGAACAGAUGUUAUCACAUGCAUUGCCACAGAGAAUAUCUUAUCAUCCUUGGAGUUGUUAGUGGGCUGAUCCUUUUCACGACAUUAGCUGUAGUGAUUUGGCUUCUUGCAUACAAGCGUAGUAAGAAGCGCCGACGUUCUCGCAAACUAUCUAAUCCAGCAGCUACUGCAUUAGUCCCUCCAUCAUGGAAAGUGUUCAUGAAAGAAGAACUUCGGUCUAUUACCAAGAAUUUCAGUGAAGGAAACCGUCUUUUGGGAGAUGCCAAGACAGGAGGUACAUAUGGUGGGCUUCUACCUGAUGGUUCAAGGGUAGCGGUGAAGAGAUUAAAGAAGUCUAGUUUUCAAAGGAAGAAGGAAUUUUAUACUGAAAUUGGAAGGCUUGCAAAGCUUCAUCAUCCAAAUUUGGUGUCAGUUAAAGGCUGCUGUUAUGAUCACGGUGACCGUUAUAUAGUUUAUGAGUUUAUAGUUAAUGGUCCCUUAGAUAGAUGGCUACACCACAUACCACGGGGUGGUCGAAGCUUAGAUUGGGUGAUGCGGAUGAAAAUUGCGACGACUCUUGCUCAAGGAAUUGCGUUCCUACAUGAUAAGGUUAAGCCCCACGUUGUGCAUCGUGAUAUCCGUGCUAGUAAUGUGCUUCUUGAUGAAGAUUUUGGAGCCCAUCUGAUGGGGGUUGGUCUUUCAAAGUUUGUACCAUAUGAAGUGAUGCAUGAGAGGACAGUAAUGGCUGGUGGCACAUAUGGGUACCUGGCUCCAGAGUUUUUGUACAGAAAUGAGCUUACUACGAAAAGUGAUGUUUAUAGUUUUGGAGUGCUGCUGCUUGAAAUUGUAAGCGGACGUAGGCCUGUGCCUGCACAGGCUGUUGAUUCGGUCGGUUGGCAGAGUAUUUUUGAGUGGGCGACGCCUCUUGUGCAAGCUCACCGGUACCCAGAUCUCCUGGAUCCACACAUAAGUUAUUUUUCAUCAGAUAUUCCAGAGGCCAGUGUGAUUCAGAAGGUGGUCGACCUUGUCUAUGCCUGUACACAGCAUGUGCCAUCAAUGCGCCCCAGAAUGUCUCAUGUUGUUCAUCAACUUCAACAGAUAGCCCAGACUCCCAUACUUAAGUAGUUUUAACUUGAGAAUUUAUUGCUUUGCGCAAGAAAUCAGAAUUUGGGGUUUUGAUUCCCAGUUAGUCUUCAGCACUAACUAGCUAGCUAUUUAGAUGCAAUAGAUGCAAACAGUCAGUUAUCUAGUAAUUAAUAUGAAUCACCUUAU